AUGCUUUGUCUUUGGUUCUUAUGGCUCCUGGCUGCUUGGGGUCAGACAUGUAGCCCCGAAAACCGAGCUGUCCGUCGAGAAUGGGGAUCCCUCUCGAGAGAUGAGCGUCUUGACUACAUUAGUGCUGUUCAUUGCAUGCGACAGAAUCCCCCGAUUCUACCCCAGGAUCAAUAUCCUGGGGUCCGGCAUCGAAUGGAUGAUUUUGCAGCAACUCAUAUCAAUUAUACACUCAAUAUCCAUUUGAGUGGGAUCUUCUUUGGCUGGCACCGCCGGUUUGUCUGGCUGUGGGAAAGGGCGAUGCGGGAGGAAUGUGGUUACCAGGGCUAUCAACCAUAUUGGAACUGGGCGCUCUCCGCCAACAAUCUAUCCGCCAGUCCACUGUUUGACGGCAGCGACACUUCCCUCUCUGGGGACGGGGACCCAGUUGAGAAUUCCAAGUCAACCAUGAUUCUCUUGCCGACAAAUGUUACGAUUCCCAAUGGAUCCGGCGGCGGAUGCGUUAACACAGGCCCGUUUGCCGGCAUGACUCUCAAUCUUCCUGAUCUUGACUCCGCUCCCGGCGACGUAUUCCCGGAGAAUGCCUUUGCCUAUACCCCCCGCUGCCUGACGCGUAACCUAAACUCUUUCAUUGCUCAGUCAUUCACAAGCCAGACGGACAUCGAUCGGCUGCUGUCCUCGCCCAACAUUAAGUCCCUGCAACACACUAUGGACGUGAGCGUAUGGCCGGAGCUCAGCGAGGCGGAGAUCAUGGGGCCCCAUGCCGCAGCGCAUAUGCAGCUUGGGCGGGCGAUGGACGACUUUUGGACCGCGCCGCAGGAGCCUGCGUUUAUGCUACAUCACGCGAUGGUGGACCGAGUGUGGACACUCUGGCAGGCGCAGGAUCCGGGAAAUCGCCAGUAUGCACUGAAUGGGACCAGUACGAUGGGGAAUUUGCCCAAGACUCCGGAGGUUGAUCUGGAUACCCAAGUUACGUGGGGCCCGUUGGGCGGGAAUAGGACCCUGGGGGAGGUGAUGAGCACUGAGGCGUACGAGUUCUGUUACGAGUAUGACGACUAG